AUGCGCCGGUUCCUGAACCUGGGGCUGUACGACGGGUACAAACGCCUGUAUUUGCUGCGGCGCGUGGACCUCUCCAAGACGGACUUUUUUCACCGGACGGCAGAAGAGGCGGCUGAACAUGGCAAGGUGCUGCCAACACUGACGCCUGCCAAGGCCCGUGCCACCAACAGGCGAAGGAUCUGCAACACCCAAGAUCUGGCGACGGCGGAGGCGGCGGCGCCCAAGAUCGGUCCGCCAAAACCCGAGCUGCUCAUGGGGCCACCGCAAAUCUCCCCCUGCCUCGGCUCCCAUCACUUGGUCCAUUUCUUCCCCACCGCCUCGGAGAGCAAGGUGGUCUUGGGCGACCGCGGGAACCGCAUGCUACGCUUCAACAUCCUCGAUGGCUCCCGCUACAUCGACACCCUGCCAUGCCUCCACGGGGUCAAGGAGAUGCCGAUGGUCGUCUCCGUCCCUUCGACGGACUUACACCUCCGUGACGGGGAUGACACGGGCGACCUCUACAUCAUCGAUGGCCUCCUCCAUCCGGACAAGGCGGAGGUGCGGCCGCAGUUCGAGGCCCUGGUGUGGAGGGGGUCCAGACCGUCGACCUUAUCUAGCAGGUUCUGGCACUGCGACAUCCUCCCUCUGCCGCCGUGGAUCAGCCACCACGAGCACGCCAUGGUCUUCGGCCACGCCCUCGUCGGCGACAGCAUCUGCUUCUCCAUCUGUGGCGCCGAGGGUACCGGCACCUACUGCUUCCACAUCGCGACUCGCGAGUGGAGCAAAGCUGGGGACUGGCUCAUGCCCUUCGAUGGCAAGGCGGAUUACGCCCCUGAGCUUGGACUGUGGUUUGGCGUCUCAAACAACCUCCCCUGCGCUGCCGACCUCUCGGGCGUCGUUAGAGGGGAGGAGCUGUCGCCGGACAAGAUGCGGAUCUGGGCGCGUGAUGACCUGCCGGAGGAGUGGCAGCCAAAGAGCUUGCACAAUCCCUGUAUCGUCAGCCUCGGUUCCGGUAGGUUCAUCGUCGUCGACUUCUUGAAUGCCAUGAAAUUCAACAAGGAAUGGAACGAGAUGGAAUCCGUCAAGGAAUUUGCCCUCUUCGCCGGUAUGGAGGUAGCGUACAGCAACGGCAAAGGCAAAGGGACGAUGCAUGGACUCCGUAUGAUGAAGCACAAAUCCCGCCGUUACAUGUUUAACAAUCAACAGAGGAUCGAGGCGGUGCUCUGA